UCACCACAAGUGCUCCAGUUAACCAAAGCACCCUCCAUAUGAAAAUAACCCUUAAAGUAAAAUACAUAUACAAAAUAUCAGUACCAGCACCUCUGAUGGCAGGCAGGAGGAGCUAGCACAGCAAUGCAAGAGCAAGCAAAGCAACCUCUGCUCCCAACCACUCCCUCUUUCCCAUGUCACCACCAACUUAUUUAUAUGUUGUACCCCAGGAUGAUGCAUGCCACCACUGAUCGUAAGUCACAGGUGAUCGAUGGAGGAGGACUACGUGUUCAAGGUGGUGGUGAUCGGCGAUUCCGGGGUGGGGAAGACGCAGCUGCUGGGGCGCUUCACUCGGGACGAGUUCUGCCUCGACUCCAAGUCCACCAUCGGCAUCGAGUUCCAGACCCGCACCGUUCUCCUCGCCGGCAAGCGCGUCAAGGCCCAGAUCUGGGACACCGCCGGCCAGGAGCGGUACCGGGCCGUCACCAGCGCCUACUACCGCGGCGCGCUCGGCGCCAUGCUCGUCUACGACGUCACGCGCCGGGACUCCUUCGAGCACGCCGCGCGCUGGGUCGCCGAGCUCCGCGCCCACGCCGAUAAGUCCAUCGUCGUCGUGCUCAUCGGCAACAAGGCCGACCUUGCCGUUGCGGCGGUAGGACGCCGGGCGGUGGAUGUCGAGGAGGCGACUGCCUUUGCUGAGGAGCAAGGGCUCUUCUUCUACGAGGCGUCUGCGCUUAGCGGGGAUAACGUUGAGGCGGCUUUCCUGGGAUUGCUUGAGGAGAUUCAUGCUGCCGUGUCCAGGAGACCGCUGGAGGUGGACGACGGGGGUGCGGGAGGAGAUGGCGAGCUGAUGCUCAAGGGCACGAGGCUGUCGCUAUCCCAAGAGCUGUCCAUGAUGGAAACCAGCGCCAUGAAGACACCAAGCAGGUGUUCUUCUUGCUCGUCCUAGCUCAUGGAUGUCAUGGAUGGUGAAUUCAUUCAUCGAUUAUCGAUUUGACAGAAGCGUUUCUUCCUCACUUGGCUACUUUAUGUUGAGCUGAACUGCUCACUUUCGUCAAGGAGAGAAAUGUUCUCUCUCACAUUGAGAAAAAAUAUAUCAAUCAAUACAGAUAUAGUGUAAAUAGUCAGGCAAUAUGAAUGAGAAGAAAUAUUGUGUUUGUGAA